GUGUGCGUGCGUGUGUGGUGGAGUGGAGGGCAGGGCACAGUGAGUGUGAGCUGGCGUGUCAGCAGUGUUAGGAGGCCCCGAGUGAGGUUGAGGAGGUUGCGGCUACACAGCGGCAAACAAUGGGCCUUGCUCUCGGCUCGGGUCACAACCCCUAUGUGUACUGCCCAUGGGACAGAAGUGAUUGGUUGGCAGUCAUAUCACUGGAGCUGACAUGCAGAAAAGUGGCUGAGUUCGAGGAGUUGUAGAGCAUCUGGAACAAAGAGAACAUUUGUCUAUCGAAGUCGCCAGUCAUGGGUGACAUGAAGACUCCAGAUUUUGAUGAUCUUCUUGCUGCUUUUGACAUUCCUGAUCCAGAUCUCGAUGCCAAGGAGGCUAUCCAGUCAAGCAGUGAGGAAUCCGAAGCUCAUCUGAAACAAGCAGGGAUGGGUAUAGACGAGCUGUCUAUCCAUCAAGCCAUACCUGACGUUCCGGUGGUGAGUGUCAUUGUUAAGAACACCAGUCGACAAGAAUCCUUUGAAUCUAUUACGGAGAAGGAUGGCCAUCAGCUCGGACCAAACCUGCUUCAAAAUGGGUUUCGAAAUGCUGACAUUACCUCUGAUUCCAAUAACUACAACAAAAUGGUCAAUGACUUCAUCAAUGGAGAUACUUCCAGAAACUACUCGAGUAAAUUUGACACACCAAGGUCAGAAGCCCUACCGACAUUCAGUCAGUUUAGUCCCAUUUCUAGCCCGGAGCCUGAAGAAGCCAUGCCAAAUGCUGGAAUUGUGGAUAAUAUUAAAUCAGACAAAGGGCCUUACCUUGGUUCUGUCGGUUUGUAUAUUUCUAACAAUAGUUCACUGAUGAACAAUGCAAGGGAACAGCCUGAACAAGAUGUGACUGAGCUGAGCAUGUUUGAUGAAUACUCCAAAAAGCGAGAGAAAGCAAAUGAGAUUAGAAACUGUAAAAUGAAUGAAGUCUCAUUGGGACAAAAGGUGAAUUCAACAACGACAUCUGAAGAAGAGCAAGAGAACAAGGACUUUGACAAAAGCAAUAAUUUGUUUGACAACUUGGAGUCUUCAUGUAACCUGCAUAAUAAUAGUAUGGAAGAGCCAAAGACUCUUGUCAGUGCUCCGGAAUUGAGCAUGUGCUCUUCUGUGCCCUCUCGUCAACGUCUAAAGUCAGCGCAUUCAAAACUCACCUCUUGCUUAGCAGCGUUGGUAGCUCUUAAUCCCAAAAAAAUAUCAGAGUUCCCAAAGGAGGAACACAAGGAGAAUUCUAAAGAACCGUUGUUGGGUUUGAAGGAGAGUGUCCGAGGCAGUCCCAAAAUGGCAAAGUCGCCAAAGAGUCCGAGAAGUCCCAUGGAAGGAGUAAAGAAAAUGGUGGGCAAGCAAUCGGAUAGCCCAAGGAGUGUAUCCAGUGACUACAGCGGCAAAGGGUCUCCAUAUGUUGCAACGGGCUCGCCGCCAGCCAUCCCGAGAGUACGGAUCAAAACCAUUAAAACAUCUUCCGGUGAAAUUACCAGGACUGUGACCAGGAUAAUGCCAGACUCUGAACAGAGCGAGUCGAGGAGUUCACCUGAACAGUCGGUGACUGAAAUGGCUUUAAGUGAGGAAUUGAGCUUAAGAUCUAGCCCUCUGGCCCAUGCUUCAUUAGCGAUGGAAAAUGUAAAGAGGCCAUUGUUAUACAAUAACAUGGCUAAUGCUGUCACCGCACCACCUAAUACAUCUGUCCGGGGUACUCCUCCCCUGAUGUACGAUGAAAACGUGAAUGGCAACAGCAGCUUCAAAGCAUUAGGUAUAGCAAAUAUAUCACCCGAGAGUGCGAGCAGUGCUAUGUUGAAAGCAGCCAGCGUGGCCCAACUGCAGAAGCAGCUCGGGGCAAAGCAGCCGGCAAAUCUCCCCAGCACGAAUCUCCUACCGAAAGCUGUUCACUUGGCAAGCCUCAACUUGGUUCCACACAGCGUUGCUGCCACUGCCACUGCCACAGUCAGGUCCACUACUUUGCGACAGAGUAACCACAAGAUUGCCACUCAGGUGGUCACAGUGCCGCUGGUACAGCAAAUCAAGAACGUGGGCCCACAGAAUGAUGAGUCUCCUAGUUCCGCUCAGAACGUUGUGGUUGAAGCUUUUAACAAGCUGUUAAACGGUACUAACCCUGUGCCAAUCUACGCUCCAAACCUUAAACCACCAGCUCACAGUAAUGUGUCCAUGCCAGCUCGUGGCUAUCGCUGUUUAGAAUGUGGCGAUGCGUUUGCUCUGGAAAAGAGUUUAUCACAGCACUAUGAGCGGCGAAGUGUUCACAUUGAGAUGAUGUGCAGCCACUGUUCCAAAGUUAUUGUCUUCUUCAACAAAUGCAGCUUGUUGCUGCACGCGCGGGAACACAAGGGCAAAGGUGCUGUAAUGCAGUGCUCGCAGUUACAAAUGAAGCCUAUCCCAUCCGACCAAAUGUUUUCAACUACCCCAGUAACCUCUUCUGUGACGUCAGUUACUCUUGCCCAAGAGGAGACCUCUGGUGGUGGCCAGGACGAUGGGAACUUGACUGUAAUUGGAAUGGGUAGCUCAGCUUUCAGUCAUCCUGCAAUGCCGCUGCACUGCGACUCACUCAGAUUAAUACGUCAUGGGUUAAAAUGUCUCGAAUGCGAUCAACAGUUCCAGGAUUGUGCGAAUCUUGCAGGUCACUACCAGAGGGUUACAGAAGAUGCAGACACACUGACGUGUCGUAUCUGCCAGAUGAUGCUGCCCAAUAAAUGUAGCUAUGCUGCUCACCUCCGUAUUCAUACACACAAGUCCCCUUACUGCUGUCCGGAGUGCGGUGCAGUGUGUCGUUCAGCUUAUUUCCAGACUCACGUCAAGGAGAACUGCCUACACUAUGCACGGACAGUAGCGUAUAGAUGUACGCAUUGUGGGGGCAUCUUCAGCGAUACAAACACAAUCAAGACGCACAUCCAAGUUUCCCACUCUGAAUCUUUCCACAAAUGCACAAUUUGUCCGAUGGCCUUCAAGUCUGCCCAGAGCGCCAGCUCCCAUUACAGUUCUCAGCAUCCUUUAACUAAACAUCCGCCACCUGAAGUUAUCUUCAAGUGCUCAAUGUGUGAAACUGUAUUCAACCAGCAAGCCUUGCUACGCAAUCACUUCGAGCAGCACAAAAACAAAUUAAGAAUGUGUGUUUACAAGUGUCCAGUGUGCAAACUGGUGUACCUGCACAAACAGUUGAUGAUGGAACACUUCAAGGAUGUUCACAAUGUUGUGGAAACCACUGAAAAGUCUCCAGGCUCCAGUUCUCCACCCAGGGCCAGGUCUUGUGGCCAGACAGCAGAGGCUUCCACCACACGCGUAGCUGCUAAUGGCUUAAACAACGGCAAAAAGGAUGAGGCUCCGCUGCUAAAGUCCGAGAGGCGGUCGAAAGUGAAGACACAGGGCUGGACGUGUGGUGAAUGUCUCCAGUGGUUUGCAGAACGAGACCUCUAUGUAUCCCACAUGAAGCGAAGUCAUGGAAAGUCAAUGAAGAGGUAUCCAUGUCGACAAUGUGAUCGUUCUUACAACGCCACACACUGCCUGCGGCGACAUGUUCGAGUGAAUCAUGACGGCGUCAAGAGAACUUACACUUGUUGGUACUGCACAGAUGAAAAGCACUUUUUUGCCAAGCGCUUCAUGCUGGAAAAACACAUCAACCUAAUGCAUGGGAUCCGAAACCCAGACUUCAGCCAGAUGCAGAAAUCUGCAAACACAAACUCAGAUGCCAAAGUGGAGGACUUGCCUGGCAAGCGCGUGGCCAGUGACACAGAAGCAGCUGGGCAGCCUAACUCUCACACCAUCGCAUCACUUCCCAAGAAGCUGAAGGUCGCAGUGUUCAAACAGUACAGAUGUUCCAAGUGUGGUUACAUGACCAAGAGCAAAGCCGAUUUCCAGGGACACAUACCUCAGCACAAGACCGAUGGUUCAACCUUCCAGUGCUCGCAGUGCGGUCUCUGUUACACGUCUGCACUCUCCCUGAACAGGCACCUCUUCAUCGUCCACAAGUUCAAGGAAGCCGAGACGCUGCAAGCAGGCGUGGUUCGCGAAAACGGGCAAGGCGCGCACAGUAGGGAGUCGAACACUACGUCAGAGGAAGAUGUUGAUCUCCAGUGCCACGUUUGCAAGGAAAUACUUCACAGUGAAACAGCUUUGAGCGUGCAUGUUCGGACUCACGGAAUGAGGAUCAUAUUAUCCAAGCAGAAUGGAGGGUCAGAACAGUGAUUCCGUCAGUGCAGAGGAGAGAUACGUCAAGUCUCCAAAUCUUCUUCAUCCAGGACAGAUGUGCAGUGAUAAGCCUGGUUCACAGAUACAUAGCAUAGCAACGUAUCAACAAGUAAAGGAAAGUGGUCCUCAUUCAAAGCUGACCAGUAGGAUUCUCUCUGCCCAUGACAGCGGAACAAGUGUUGCUUCUGGAUCCCUCGUCCUGGUUUUUAUUGUUUCUUGUUGUUGUCGAAAGAUUAGUUUUUAUACUUUGUACAACCCAAUGCACAAUAGAACUUCACAGGGAAAGCAAGCCAAGCAUGCUCUCCGCGGCCUCCACCUCCCAGUGCCCUCAAACGUCUGUGACUAUUUAUUUCACGUAACUUUGCAUGCCAGUCUCAAGCCCAGCUUUCAGUUAAACUCUCCACAGGCUUGUGUAGCUCACAGUCCAUAAUGUCACAAAAUACAAAGCACGUCUCACUGCUACUGUCCCGGGCAAUAUGAGGCCAGAGUUGGGUGUUAGAAUGUCAGUGCCCCCCUCUUCAAAAGCUGUUUUAGUGGCUCAAAGUGAAUGGUUCCCUUCCUUUUUAAACGUUGACGUUUGACGUGCAUGCAAUGAGGAUUCACAACGUAAUGUAGGUCCGUUUAAAUCCUCAUCUACCCCCUCCCUUAUUUAAAAGUAAAUAGAGAGAUUAUACUAUGAAGGAAUGUCUGCAAGCAUUGGCAGUGCCCCUUUCUCAUCAUUUGUUGUGCCAUUGUUCAUUGAUUGUCUUCAUUUUAUUUUGUGGCUUUUUAUCGAUCUCCUUGCCCGUCAACCAAGCACCCGAGUGUUUUCGACACGUGUCUUCAUCUGCCUGUUACAGUUUGAUCCUUUCUCCACGAGCAGAUUAAUAAUCACUCUGCACACUGUGUCAGACAGUUGCUCGAGGAAAGUUUACAUUGGAAUCGCAGGCCUAAGUCUCGCUACUUUUUAAAUCCAGUACAACAAUGUUGUGAAUGUAAUGCAGAGUCAUUGCUCAGAAAUGUGACUGUUUCCAGUUUGUGCAGUAAUCCGAGGUUGGUUCUGAUAAACCCCAUAAUUUAUCAAGACUGCAUCCCUAACACGACGCAUAUCCAAGGUACAGGACCCCAGGGGUUGUCUUUACCAUCGUCUGUGUGGUAACUGCCCCUCAUUCCUGAGGGCUGCAUGCAGGGGUGACAUUUUUUUCUGAGCAUUGCUUACAUUUUUCCUGUUUCACCGCCUCUAAGUUGGAGACAGACCACUCCACAGUCUUCCAGCACUUCUUAGCCAGUCCUGAGGUUUCUUCUCUACCUUCCCACAGUGUCCUUCAAAAACCCUGAUAUUUAUCUAUACUCAUACAUUUUAGGACAUCUAGCAUCUCUGCAGCUAUAAUAUGGAAAUUAUCAAGACGCCUAGACAUGGACUUUCCGCAGUUCCCAAGUCUUCAUGGCUUUCUCCAUGAUACAAAACAGCGGAGAAAUAUUCAUUGAGUAUUUCACCAUCUUCCUGUGGCUCCAGACAUAGAUGACCACCCUGGUUUCCGAGGCGUCCUAUUUUCUCCCUGAUUACCCUUUUCCCUCAAUAUACUUAUAACAUUCUUUGAAUCUCCUUAAUCUUAUCUGCCAAAAGUUUCGGUUCUCCUGAUUUCAUUCUUAUAUAUGGUCCUCAAUCCCCCAAGGCUCCCCAAGGGAUACAUUUGAUCCCAGAUGCCUGCACCAGCCCUAUGCCUUCCGUUCCCUGACCUGAGCCUUAAUCUCCCGCACUAGGGGCGACACGGUGGUGCAGCGGUAGAGUUGCUGCUUUACAGCUCUUGCAUCACCGGAGACCCGGGUUCGAUCCCGACUACAGGUGCUGUCUGUACGGAGUUUGUACGUUCUCCCCGUGACCGUGUGAGGUUUCUCUUGAGAUCUUCGGUUUCCUCCCACACUCCAAAGAGUAACAGGUUUGUAGGUUAAUUGGCUUGUGUUUGUGUACUUGGUACAAGUGCAAACUGUCCCUAGUGCGUGUAGGCUUGUGUUAAUGUGUGGGGAUCACUGGUCAGUGAGGACUCGGCAAGCCGAUGGGCCUGUUUUCGCAAUUUAUCUAUAAACUAAACAACGAAAUCAGCUACGGUUCUGUACUCGUGCCCAUCGUGGCCUUUCUCUAACAGGAAUAUUCAGACCUUAAAUCCCUCUAUCUCACUUUUAUAAAAGUGAGAAACUUUAAAAGUGUGAAAGUUGAUUGGACUAGGUCAUUUCUCAGCAAAGGGACUUUGGGAAAUGGGAUGGCUUUUAAGUUUCUGUCCAAUUCCAUCAAAGUUCUUCCUAAUUUGGUACAUUAUGGACCAGCCUUGUCCUUUUCCAUAACUAUUUUAAAACAAAUAAAAAUAUGGAUGUCAGUCCCAAUGUCCUUGGCCACUGUCAUCUCUGUCACUUGCCCAGCCCUAUUUCCUAUGAGUAGGACGUGCUUUACCCUCUUUCUUGUAGAGCCAUCUAUACAUUACUGAAGAAAACAUUCCUGAACAUGCUUGACAAAUUCCAUCCCAUCUAAGCCCCUUGGCACGAUGGAAGUCCCGGUUUGUAAUAGGAAUAUUAAUGUACCCCGCUACAAUCUGCAAUCUCCCAGCAUAUUUCUUCCUCUAAUUCCCGUUGACUAUUUGGGGGCCAACAGCACCCUCCCAACAAAAUGAUCAUCCCCUUUAUAUUUCUCAGCUCACUCAUAUAGCCUCACUUAAGAAUCCCUCACUGCUGCUGUGAUGUUCUCCUUAAUUUAAACAUUGAACAAUACAUCACAGGCAUGGGCUCUUCAGCCCACAUUGUUUGUGUCGAAUAUGAUGCCAAGUUGAACUGACAUCUGCCUGUACAUGAUCCGUAUCAUUUUAUUCCUUGCACUCCAAUGCGCCUAUCUAAAAGCCUCUUAAACCCAUUAUUGCACCUGCCACCACCACUAUCCCUGGCAGUACGGUCUAGGCCUCCAUCGCUCUCUGUGUAAAAAAAAACAUGCCCCACGUAUCUCCAUUAAACUUCUUCCCUCUCACCUUAUAGCUACGCCCUCUAGUGUUCUAUAUUUUCACCCUGGGGGGAAAAAAGGAUUCUGGCUGUCAGCCUUACCUACCCCUCAUUCUUUUAUAUACUUAUAUACAUGAGAUCUCCCCUCCACCUCUACCUCCAACUUUCCAGAAAAACCAUUCCCACAUUUAUCCAGCCUCUCCUUGCAGAUGACUUCUACAUUGACUUCCAGCCUUCUACCUGUCUCAGUUCUGUAUUGGAUCCCUUCCCCCGACUAAUCUAGCUUAAACUCUCCCUGAUACCACUUGCACACAUACACUCCCCCUCCCCCCCAGGAUAUUGGUCCCCUUCUCGUUCAAGAGCAACCCAUCCCUCCAGUACAGGUCACCUCUAUCCCAGAGGAAAUCCCAAUGGUCCAAAAUUCUGAAUCACUGCCUCCUGCAUUAACUCCUCAUCUGGCCUAUCCUCCUCUUCCCACUCUCACUGGCAUAUGACACUGGGAAUAAUCCAAAGAUUACUACCCUUGAUAUCCUUUUUAUCCUUUGAGUCCCUGUAUUCACUCUGCAGGACACAUCUCUUUUCUGAACCAUUCUCCCUCUGCAUCCACUCUGAGAUAUCCUUGACCCAAGCACCAUCAU